CACGAGCGGUUGCAUUAAAUUUUAACGAAAUUUCAAUAAAUAUUUACUUUUCCCAAUGGUGAUUGCAAUAGGUUUUGAAGGCAGUGCCAAUAAACUAGGCGUUGGCAUAGUGAAAGAUGGGGAAAUACUUGCCAACUGUCGUAGAACCUACAUCACACCUCCCGGUGAAGGUUUCCUACCACGAGAAACAGCAGAGCAUCACCAGCAGAACAUCCAUGAAGUCCUCCAAGAAGCCUUAGAGCAGUCAGGGCUGAGCCCGGCAGACAUUGAUGUGGUGUGCUACACCAAGGGGCCGGGCAUGGGCGCCCCAUUGUCAGUGUGUGCUAUUGUGGCUAGGACUUGUGCUCUGCUGUGGAAGAAACCUAUUCUGGGUGUCAACCAUUGUAUUGGGCAUAUAGAAAUGGGCCGCCUUAUCACCAAAGCAAACAACCCGACAGUAUUAUAUGUGAGUGGCGGCAACACACAGAUUAUUGCUUACUCACGCCAGAGGUACAGGAUCUUCGGCGAAACCAUUGACAUCGCUGUUGGGAACUGUUUAGACAGGUUUGCCAGAGUUCUAAAGCUGUCCAAUGCUCCAAGCCCUGGCUACAACAUCGAGCAAGCUGCUAAGAAAGGAAAGAAAUAUGCUCAUCUACCAUACUGUGUGAAGGGUAUGGACGUGAGUUUCUCCGGCAUUCUGUCCUACUUGGAGGACAAAGUCGACGACCUGCUGAAAGAAUACACCCCUGAGGACCUGUGCUUCUCGCUUCAAGAGACCGUGUUCGCUAUGCUAGUCGAGAUCACUGAGCGGGCGAUGGCGCAUUGUGGCUCUGAUGAGGUCCUAAUAGUCGGCGGCGUUGGCUGUAACGAGCGUCUCCAACAGAUGAUGGGAACCAUGUGUUCCGAGCGCGGUGCCAAAGUAUUCGCUACCGACGAAAGGUUCUGCAUCGAUAAUGGAGUCAUGAUAGCGUACGCGGGGGCGUUGGCGCACCAAUCAGGAGCGACUAUGGAGUUUAAAGAUGCGACGAUCACGCAGAGGUUUAGGACGGAUCAUGUUCUUGUUACUUGGAGAGAUUAAAGCUUUAAUUAUU